UAGAAAUGCAAGCAGAUUAGUUAUUGUUUUUCAUUGAAAAUAAGUGAUUUCAAAUCCAGAUACCAUGCCUAUUAUGUACAAUACGGGGGAGUGGUUCAAGGUGCGACCAGACUACUACCGAAAAGUGGAAUUGGCUACGCCCGAUUGGCCAUUGGAUCUGGACUUGGAGUACAUGUGGGUGGUGGUGGCCCCAUAUGGAGGGCCAUUGGCGGCCACACGCGAUCCCACCAAACUGGUGCCGGUUAAGGGAACCGCUAGACCAAUGAUCCGAAUCUUCGACACAACCGGAAGGGAAACGGGUCACAUAUUGUGGAACCAUGGCAAACUGAUUUCAAUGGGCUGGUCGGACACGGAGGAACUUAUCUGUAUUCAGGAGAAUGCCACCGUCUUUGUCUACGAUAUGUUCGGCCGGGAAAAAGAGACUUAUAGCAUUGGCGACGAAGCUAGUGUAACCAAGAUAGUGGAGGCCAAGGUGUUUCAGUCCUCCGCUGGCACAGGAGUGGCUGUCAUGACCACAUCUGGUCGGAUAUUCCUGAAACAGAACAGCAGCAAGGCUGAACGAAAACUGCCGGAUAUUCCCAAUUCCAACAUCAACUGUUCCUGCUGGGAAAUUGUAACAGAGGGACGAAAUAGCUACUGUCUUCUGGGUAGGGAGCGAGAAGUUAUCAAGCUGUUUCCAGGAGAAACUGUGGGCACCAUUACCUCUAAUCUUUUCGAGAGGCCUCACGACCGGAUCAUUAAGAUCUCUGUAUCGUACAACCACCAGCAUUUGGCUCUAUACACCAACACAGGUCUUCUUUGGUUGGGCAGCGUGGAUAUGCGACAAAAGUAUUGCGAAUUCGACACUGGACGUAAGGAUAUGCCCCUUCAAAUGGAAUGGAUCAUGAAUGCAGAUAAUAACGAAGCAGAUGCAGUAGUCAUCUCAUAUCCAUCAUACCUUUUAAUAGUAAAUCGCAAUGCUGAUCGCAGCGAUUUUCCAUAUGAUCCGAUCAUGUUUCUUGUGGCAGAAAUGGAUGGUGUACGCAUCAUUACGCAGAGUUCUCAUGAGAUUAUCCAACGCUUGCCCAAGUGUGUAGAGAAUAUCUUUGCAGUGAAUAGCCAAGAACCAGCUAGUUAUCUUUUCGAAGCGCAGAAAAAAUUUGAGGAGAAAUCGUACAAGUCAGACGAGUACCUCAGCAUGUGUCGGAAAAAUAUCGGACAGGCUGUGACCGAAUGCAUUGAGGCGGCUUCCUAUGAAUUUUGUCCAGAGACCCAAAAGAGUUUACUUAGGACGGCUUACUUUGGCAAAGGCUUUAUACGUGGCCACAACCCCGAUGAAUAUAUGCGUAUUUUACGAAUAUUGAGGGUUCUUAACACUUUGCGACAUGAGAAAAUUGCCAUACCGAUCACCUUUAAACAGUUCUCACAUCUAAAUACUGAAGUCAUACUCAGUCGUUUAGUGUUUCGUAAGCAUUAUGCCAUAGCCAUACAAGUAGCAAAGCACUUGAACCUGCCCGAAUCUUGGAUCUUAGAACACUGGGCAUACCACAAAGUCAUGAAUGAUCCCAAUGAUGUUGAAGUGGCUCGUAAAAUAACAGAAAAGUUUAAGAAUCCCUCAGUGGAGGGCAUUUCUUUUUGCAAUAUUGCUGCAAAGGCCCAUCAAGCUGGACGAGAUGAUCUGGCUAUCAAAUUGCUCGAGCUGGAGCCGCGUGCUUCUCUUCAUGUACCACUGCUGCUCAAGAUGCGCAAGUUUGAUCGGGCGGUAGGCAGCGCAACGCAGUCCGGAGAUACAGAGUUGAUCACCCAGGUGCUCUUGGAGAUGAAGAUGCACAUGAUGCUGUCUAAUUUACAUAUGACCAUCAGAGAUCAUCCGCUUGCGCUCAACAUGUACAAAAAGAUUAUGCGGGAAUCAAACCGAGCUGGUCUAUAUGGGAUUUAUAAUACAGAGGACGACCAAAAGGCAAUUGCCGAGUAUCACUUCGAGAAUGCCAUCGAAACUGAAGGUCUGGAGUCAAAUCUGUCAAUGAUUGGCAAUGCCUAUGCCCAGGGACGUUACACUUUAGAAGCGGAGCUGUGCACGGAUACCAGUAAAUUACUUAAGCUUCAGAAGACGCUUAGCACAAAAUACGAUGUUAGUCUAAAUGGAUUAUCCAUACAUGACACUAUUCUGGAAUUGCUGCAGCUCGGGGAACUAAAAGAGGCAGAGCGGAUUAAAAACGAUUUCAAAGUGCCCGAGCGGCGAUUUUGGUGGCUUCGAAUCCUUACUCUUUCCAGUCAACACAAGUGGGAUGAGUUGGAGAAGUUUUCCAAGACUAAAAAGAGCCCCAUUGGCUACGAUCCAUUUGUGGAGGUCUGUUUGAAACAGGAAAAUGCAAGUGAGGCGAGAAAAUACAUACCAAAAUGUCGGGACAAUCGAAGGGCUGUCUGGUAUUUGCGGGCAAAACUAUUUAACGAAGCCAUUGACUCCGCCUUUGAGCAACGCGAUGUCCACAGUCUCUAUGAACUGCAAAAGACCCAGGCCAUUGUUAACGAUGCCAACCUGCUCAGCAAAGUAUGUAACUGCAUAGCCACACUGGAGGGAAAGUAGUCGUAACAUUCCUAUAUAUAAGCUUUAAAAGUGCACAUAAUAAAAGGGUAUUUAUUUA